GCCUGUCUCAGAGGAGCGUUUGCAGUAAGGCGAAGAAGUCUCGCCUGUUCUUUUUUUUUUUCGUUCGCGCAUGCGCGAGCAUUGAGACGUCACAGAGCCCGGAAGAAGCUGAAGAGGCAACAUGUGUGGCGGAUGCGUCAAAACCGAGUAUCCCUCUCGGGGUAACACCUGUUUGGAGAAUGGCUCCUACUUGCUGAACUAUGUCGGUUGCACUGAAUGCAAAAAGAGAGAUUUUGUGAUGAUAAUAAACAGAGCAAGAGAAGAAGAGGAUGGAGAAGAGAUUAUCACUUAUGACCAUGUUUGUAAGAACUGUCACCAUGUAAUAGCCAGACAUGAGUACACAUUCAGUGUAGUGGAUGAUUACCAGGAAUACACCAUGCUCUGUAUGCUCUGUGGCAGGGCAGAAGACUCCAUCAGUGUUUUACCUGACGAUCCUCAUUUGAUGACUCCGUUGUUCUAAAGCUUUUAAUUUUGUAACUGGCUAUUUUGUGCUCAUUUGUGCCCAGUAGCAACAAAACCGUGGAAUAAGACAUCUUGAACAAUCCAGUUGGUGUACAGUUGCACUCCAAAUAUCGUUGGGCUACAUCUCCUCACACGAUCUAACUGUUCUGACUAUAGCUGGAGGGUCACAGGGUGUCCAUCGUGACAUGGAAAGUCAGAGUAAUAGUUGUGGGGUCACCAAAUUUCAGCUUGGUAAGCUUUUUCUUGCAGAAAGCUAUGGAGAAAGAUAAUGUUUCUUUCUUCUAGUGCUUUUUGCAUAUGACAACAAUUCUGAAUAAUAAUAAUAAUAAUAAUAAUAAUAAUAAUAAUAAUAAUACAAUAGAGUCUCACUUAUCCAAGCUAAACGGGCCAGCAGAAGCUUGGAUAAGCGAAUAUCUUGGAUAAUAAGGAGGGAUUAAGGAAAAGCCUAUUAAACAUCAAAUUAGGUUAUGAUAUUACAAAUCAAGCACCAAAACAUCAUGUUAUACAACAAAUUUGACAGAAAAAGUAGUUCAAUACACAGUAAUGUUAUGUUGUAAUUACUGUAUUUACGAAUUUAGCACAAAAAUAUCACGAUAUAUUGAAAACAUUGACUACAAAAAGGGCUUGGAUUAUCCAGAGGCUUGGAUAAGCGAGUGUUGGAUAAGUGACACUCUACUGUAAUAAUAAUUUUAUUCCUUACCCACCUUUCCUUGUGACUCAAAGUCUUCUUUCAAGCAUUGUGGACUAUAGGAUCUUGCAGAAAGUUUUGGAAAAAGGCAAAAAUAAUAGAAAUUCUCCAGCAGUUGCUGUUGUUCUAGUGGAAAGAAGUCCCAGAAUCAAGAUCCCAAGUAUAAAUGGAGAGAAUACAUGUGAUAACAAACCCUUAAUUCAAUUGAUGAACUAGGCCUAUUGAAUAAAUGGGGUUUACAUAUUUGUUGACUUUAUUUACUUUGUUUUAUAUCCUGCCCUUUCUCCCUCAUUGAGGGACUUCCAAUUCAGUAAUUGAUUCAGUGUAUCUGUUCUGGUUAAGUCCAGCAGUUAGAUUUAGCCUUGUGUCUGACUUCUUUAGGAGCUUGACCAAGGACAGAAACAGCAGGAGAAUCCCUUUUUUCCUGCACUGCAUUUAAUCUCUCUCACCAGGGCUUGAGGGACACUUGACCCUUGCAAGUGGUUUGCUGAUGCCUGAAAUUAGUGCAGUCCACCCACAAGAUGUUCAAGUUAAAACUUCUAACUUAUGAAAGCCCUAAAUUUGCAGGUUGUAGUGACAGAUUCCACACUGGUUUCUGCACUUGCUGUAGUUGGCAUUCUAAAAGCCUGUUUUCAUGACCCAACUGCUCUGCUGAAAUGUGCAUUGAGCCAAUUAUUUUUUUGCCCUGAAUUCACGCUACUCCUUGCUUAAACGCCAGAGCCAGAUUUUUCAUGCAUGCCAAAGUUACAUCAUCAGACAGCCAUCAAGAGAACUACCAUUUGCUGUGAUAUUGUGUUUGUUUGGGUACAUGGUGAAAUAUUAUACAGAUAUGGAGUCCAGAGUUAACACAGAUCAGACUGAAUGUUACCAAGCUAUUUGGCCAUGAGAAUGGAAUACAGCCUUCCUCUGCUGUUAGCUGCGGUAAGUAAAUGGAAGCAGUGUAUCUUCUUACCAGAAGAUGUGGACAGAGUCAAGGUCACUGUCUUAUCUCCUGAAUGUCUGGAUGACCUCUUUUGGAAGUGAAAGAUACUUAAUGUAAUAGAUUUUUUAGUCAGCAAGGCAGUUCUGAUUAUAAUGUUAAAUACAAUUUUAUCUAAAUGGA